CUUUUAAUUUUAUUUGUGUUGUUGUAAUUUUUUUGUGCGGAAGCCGCCAAAAAGGAAAAAAGCAAAAACAAACGAACUCAUAGAAUGGUAGAAGGUGACUCUAAUAAGAACUCCAGUAACUCCUAUAAUGUAGAAAGUGGCCUACAACCAACAAACUACAACCAAACAACAAACCCCGUUGACAAUCGCUCCAUCAUCCAACCCUACGGCUUGGGUACCGAUUCCAAGGAUCUCGGCUAUCACAUCAAUGACGCCUAUGAAGUCGACAAAAAUGAUCUAGAGAAGAAUGGUGGCCGUUCGGCAGCCGGCGGCAUUAAGGCCGGCUUCGAACAGGCCAUUGAAAUGUGCGGCUAUGGCAAAUUCCAUUACAUUCUGCUGGCCAUUUGUGGUCUGGUCAGUACGAGUGAAGAAAUGGACGUCAUCAGUAUGUCUUUCAUCCUGCCGUCAGCACAAUGCGAUCUGAACUUGAAUACGGAGACCAAGGGCUGGCUGAAUUCGAUCAUUUUCAUUGGUAUGAUGGUCGGUGCCUACUUUUGGGGUAGCAUUGCUGAUUCGAUGGGUCGUAAGAAGGUAUUGAUCGUCAUUUCUUUUAUGAAUGGUUUUUGCAUUGUCGCCUCGUCAUUUUCGCAAACUUACGAAUGGUUUAUGCUGUUUCGAUUCCUGAACGGUGCUGCCCUUGGCGGCAGUGGCCCUGUCAUCUGGUCCUACUUUGCCGAAUUCCAACCGAAAUCGAAACGUGGCUCCAUGUUGAGCUUCAUGGCUGCCUUCUGGACUUUUGGUAAUCUCUUUGUGGCCGGUCUCGCCUGGCUCAUCAUCCCCACUGGCAUUGGUUUUGUUACCCCACUCUUCACCUAUAACUCAUGGCGUAUCUUCUUGAUGGUCUGCUCCCUGCCCUCCUUCGUGGUGGCCUUCUUGCUUUUCUAUUUGCCUGAAUCCCCUAAAUUCUUACUGUCCAAGGGUAAACAGGACAAGGCUAUGGCCAUUUUCCGUGGCAUUUUUGUGACCAACACCAAGAAGGCUCCCGAAUUGUAUCCCGUCACCGAAUUGGAUAUCGAUGAGAAAUUGAUGGCUGAAAUCCAAGAGGCCCGUGAAUCCGUUAAGGGCAAAUAUUCGAAAAUGUUGUCCGGUAUGGUGGAUCACAGCAAACAGUUGUUCACCUCACCCAUUUUGAAAUUCACCUUGGUUUCGAUUAUCAUCAAUUUCACCUUCCACAUUGGUUACUAUGGGCUGAUGAUGUGGUUCCCUGAGCUGUUCAAUCGUUUCGAGGAGUAUAGCACAGAUUUCCCCGGUCAAACCGCUGGUGUGUGUACUGUUACCGAAUAUGUAGUCGGCAAGACCAAUCAUGAAGAUGCCGUCUGCUCGUCGCACAUUCCCUCUGCUGUCUUCAUGGAGUCGUUGAUCUCCUUGGCCUCGGCCCUGCCUGCCAACUUGAUCGCCAUCUUGGGUAUGGAUUUGUUGGGUCGUAAAUUCUUCUUGAUCUUCGGUACAAUGACCGCUGGUGUAUGUUCGGCUGCCAUGUACUUCGUCUUCAAUUCGACACAGAAUUUAAUUGUCACGGCCGUGUUCAGUGGUGCCAUCUCGGCGGCCAAUGCUGCCCUGGAUUGUCUGAUCACUGAGGUGUUCCCCACCCACUUGAGAGCUACCGGUGUUGCCAUAUCGAUGGUGGCUGCCCGUAUGGGUGGUAUUAUUGGUAAUAUUGUCAUUGCCACAUUGUUGGAUCAAUACUGUCCCGCACCCACCUUCAUUGUUGCUGUGCUCCUGAUGGGCGGUGGUUUGAUGUGUCUGCUCUUGCCCAACACAACACGCAAGGAACUGAACUAAAA